AUGGAUCAAUGUAAAACCUAUUCUCACAUUCGAUCAAUAUCAUCAUAUAAGUCUAAACAUAGAAUUUCUUAUGAGUCUCGAGAUUAAAUCGACCCUAAAAAGAGGUCAAUAACAUUUAGCGGUGACAUUGAUUUAGUCCAAUCAAUAAGUUGCCAAGAAAACUUGCUUGAUUUAUUGGGGAAGGUACAGAGAUAGAAGCAAUAAUAACGUUUAUCUCUUUAAACUUCCUAAAUGAAAUUGCUUCCUCCUUUGAAAGUUGGUUAGGAUGAAAAUAAGAUAUAAAAACAGCAAGCAAGAAAAUAAGUUAGUAAUCAUUAUAACGAAUUUACUAUCCCAAUGGAUCCUUAUAAAAAGCAGUUGUAUUAAAAAUUAAAUAUAUAUGGAAAAUUCAUUGAGCCAACUAAUUAUAAAAAAGUGGAUUAUGAGGAAAUCUAAGCAUUCAAAUCAACAAUUUCUAAAAUAUAAUUUUAACAAUAUAGUCAGAAUUAAUAGACUAUCAAAAUAUAAGAGCAAGAUAUAUCAUAAAAUAUGGAUAAGUUAUUUUAAUAAGAUUAUGAUACUUAAAAAUUUGAGCAACAAUAUAAUUCAACCUUUGAUCAAGAUUAUGAUCUAUUUUCUGAACAAUAGAAAAUGAAUAAAAUUAUCAAUGAAGCUUUGAAAUUUAAGCAAUAAAAAAGAGAUCCUAUAAAUGCAUCAAAAAGUGUCAAAUAGAAAAGAACGUAAAUGAGAAUAUAUCUCGAAAAUCAAUACUAGAAUGCAUUAAACACUGUAAUGAAAGAGAUAAAUGUGAAUAAAGAUGAGGAUGACCUGCUUCUUAAAAAGAGAUUUUAGAAAAAAAUAAAAUUAAAUGCUUCUUCUCAUCCUUCUAAAAUCACUUCCCAGUACACCAAAAAAGCUAUAUCUUCUUCAGUUAUCCAUCCAGACAGAUAAAAGUUUGUAGAUAAGACUCUAGAGAUCUAUGACAGAUGCAAUACUUCUCUUAGUUGA